CGGGCUGCUUGUACGUAAGGCGAGAGCUGGGUUACUCGACGCACAAAGAUUUCUCCGGAGCCGCGAGCGGGGCAACGGAGGUGAUUUAUUAGCCUGCAAUCUGGUUGCAAAGGGCUGGCCGAGGGCCUGAUAAGCACCCUGAAUGGAGCUUGAUGUCACGGCAGUGUCGGGCUGGUAGCUUCCCAGAGCAGAGAGCGAGGGAGCGUCGCGCGAGGAAAGGAAGAGCUUUCUCAGCCUCACCUCCCACCCCCGUCGGUCCCCAGCCCCGCCACGACACGCCCCCUGCGCCGGCUGGCUCAACUUUCGGGUCGGCCGGGGGGAGGAAGGGCCCCGGGGGUGGCCAGGCUGCCAAUCCCGCCGGGUGCCGAGCCCCGCGAGCAGCAGCGUUGAGCUUCGGCCUCUUGGGCGGGAGGAGCGCCUCUUCGCCCUACCUAAAGCAGUUCUUUUCUGAAGAGCCAAGAAUAUUUACCAUCAUUCCACCAUGAUGGCUGCACCCAGGACACUACUGCCAUGUCUUUGGCUUCUUGUGCUUCCCAUGAAAACAUGCUUAGCUCAAGUGACUUCACCACCACCACCAUCACCACCACCAGGAUGUGGCAAGGACUUGAACUCCAUCUACUACAAUCUCUGUGACCUAUCUAUAGCUUGGGGCAUUGUGUUAGAAGCUGUGGCCAGCUUUGGUGUUGUGACCAGCUUUGUCCUCACUGUGGUCCUAGUGGCCAGUGUGCCUUUUAUUCAAGACUACCGGAAGAAGAGCUUAGUAGGGACUCAAGCUUUCUUUCUGUUGGGCACUUUUGGGCUUUUCUGCUUGACCUUUGCCUUCAUAGUCAAGCAAGACUUCUCAACAUGUGCUUCAAGACGCUUCCUCUUUGGUGUCCUCUUUGCUAUCUGCUUCUCCUGCCUGGCUGCCCAUACCCUCAGCCUCAAUUUCUUUGCACGACAGAACACCGGGCCUCGGGGGUGGGUCACCUUUGGCAUGGCCUUGGUCCUUGUCUUGGUUGAGAUCAUAAUCAAUGCUGAAUGGCUUAUUAUUACUGUGGUGAGGACUGAUGGUACAUCCAAGGAUCCUUGUGAACUGAAGAAUGAGGACUUUGUCAUGGCACUGAUCUACGUAAUGUUCCUGCAAGUAGCUACUUUCAUUGCUACUUGGCCUGUCUUGUGUGGGCAUUACAAGCACUGGAGAAAGCAUGCUGUCUUCAUCCUCCUCACUACUUCCUUUUCCAUGGCCAUCUGGAUAGUAUGGAUUGUUAUGUAUGUUUAUGGCAACCAGCAGGAACAGAGAUCAACUUGGGAUGACCCCACAUUGGCUAUUGCCCUUGUCUCCAAUGCCUCUGUUUUUGUUUUGUUUUAUGUUAUCCCUGAGAUUUCUCAGGUAAUCAAACCAGGACCAGAGCAGGCCUAUGAGGAUGAUGUCUACCCCACACGAGGGGUUGGCUAUGAAACAAUCCUCAAGGAACAGAAAUCCCAAAGCAUGUUCGUGGAGAACAAAGCUUUCUCAAUGGAUGAACCUUCUUCAGCUAAAAAGCCUGUGUCCCCAUACAGCGGAUACAAUGGCCAGCUCCUGACAAGUGUCUAUCAGCCCACGGAGAUGACUUUAAUGCACAAAGGGCCUUUGGAUGCCCCUUACGAUGUCAUCCUCCCUCGUGCUACAGCCAACAGCCAAGUGAUGGGCAGUGCCAAUUCUACCCUGCGUGCUGAUGAUGCCUAUAUUUCACAGAGUAAGCAAGCAUUGGCUCAGAAAGAUGGAAGGAAUGGGCAGGCUUCCUCUCCAUAUAGCAAGAACAGAUGGUAGAAGUCUUGAGUCCUGAUAUCCGCACAUCCUGUUCCUUGAAGAUGCUUGUAAAGCCUGCCUUCACAAAGGAGCAUAUAACUGGGGCAAGGCCUCAGAAAGAGAUGGAGAUGUCAUCCUGGGAACUGAGAAAAUUUCAUCUUGGUCGCUGAGGCAAUCCAGUUUCUUUUUCUCAUGCAUAAACCAAGUGUUCUGCUUGACAUCUGUUACAGUAAAUCUGGGUCACUGGGUCAGGAUGCCAUCUCCUGUUCUGUGUUCUGAACAGUGGGACUUCUAUUCUCCUUGGAGCCUUCAGUCAAAUUUAUAAUUCCACCUCUGUUCUGCCAGUACUUUGAGGCCCUCUCUCAGUUUCACCCCACCAAUGAUGGACCAUGUUCAGUGUGUUGAAUCUUGUUCAUCUUGUACGAAUAUGGUGUUACCAGUACUGAGAAGUUCCAAUCUACAAUAUACAAUUCAGCCUCUUGAUGGAUGAAUAGAUGCCUCCUGAAUCUUCCCAUCUCAUGCCCACUCCCACAAGAGAGUGCUUUGGAAAUUAGAAGGGUAUCACUCCAGUUCUUCUUAAUAGAGGUCAUUCUUCUUAAUGGAGAGAAACUGGUCAAAUGCAGCAAGAACUCUUGGACUCUUAUAUGAAGUAUGAUAUGCUUUCUCCUAAUCCUUCUGCCUUUGGACCAAGCCCUGGAAUGUGACAUCAUGAUGUUGUUCUUGGAAUCCUUAGUGUCUCCUCUUCUAUUGUCCCCUCCCCAUUAUGCAAAUUAAGGCCAUAUACUUUUUAAAAAAUGCUUGUAUUUUACUUUGAAUGUGUGUAUGCAGUGGGGAGGAUCUAUUUUAUAUUGUGGUCAGCAUCUAAACAUUCUUAUUUGACAUAGUGUUGACAACCACCUUGGUGGUUGAACAUGUUGGAGGCAUCAGUGGACAUUAAAGAGGGAAGCUAUAAGCAGAGACAAACAUUAAAAUGGUACUUUCAUUUUAUGAAGUAUAAAAUGGUGGGAUUUCCAAGACUGUUAUCAGUAACUGUUUUGUCAAAAGGAUUCAUUGCCAGUUGUGCUUUUAGUAAGGGUAAGCCUUCCUUGACUUGAUCUUCUCUAGAUCUGAAGGAUUGUAACUAUCAUCUCAGCCAGCGUGGGAGUGGGAAUGCAAGGUAGCUGGAGGGCCUAGAUUGGGAAAAGCUGCAGAACUAUGAAGGAAAGUGCAGGAAUUUAAUUGCAAGGAGAGGCCAGAGGGCUCAGCAGCACAAGAGGUGGGCGGUGUUACAUAACUUCACAAACUAUUUCAAUUUUAAAGGAUUAUGCUGUUGAACUGGAAUUUUGUUAUGGAAUGAAUGCUAUCAGACCUAGCCUCAAGAGCAACUGGGAGCGGCAGUCUCACUACAGAAAUGUAAUUGUUUCUUUUUGGCAUUACUCAUCUUGCUUUACCUUGUCCUCACCAGGUGAGAAUGAGUCACAUCCACUCAGGAUAUUUUAUUCUGCUGACUUGUCCUUUCUCAUCUUUUGUGCUGUUCCUUGGGGGAUGUUCAGGCUCUGGCUUUGCUCUGAAAUAAUGCGCUUCCCCCUGUGUAGAUUUGUCUCCCAACUGCCUCCGAUGAGGGGGCUUCUGAGAUGCAGUUUUGUGCCACAAUCAAUCUAUUUAACAUGCCCUCAGGCCUGUUUGUGAUAUCCCACUUCCUCUUUGUGCCUUUUGGUGCUAGUUCCUGGCUUAUGGCCUGCCUGUCUUCAUGCUACUAGCAUCAUCACUUUUCUCUUUGCUUCCUCUUCCCACUUUGGGCAGAAAAGGGGUGCUGUUUCUCUCUCGUAUGCUGGCAGGAAGAGGAAACUACCUUGAUAAGAGAAGCACUGCUAACUUCUUGCCAUACCUUUUAAUCAGGUCUUCUCCUGGGCUUGUAGACUGGUAUCCUCUGAAGUUAAGCCUACUUUUAUCUUAAGCAUUUUGUGCAGGCAGAUUCUUUUCCAGCCUUCUCCAACCUAGCAUCCUCCAAAUGUGCUGGGACAGCAACUCCAGGAAUGUUCUUUCGACCGUGUUCUGAUUGGAAAGGCUGUCCUGUACUGUCAGAAGAAGGACCUUAUCCUGCCUCUAGAGUCUGCUCAGGAAGAGGAAGGACCAAGUUUAUACUGACUCAAACAAUGGCUAGCCUUGAAUAGGCUUGCAUUGAGUCAUGAUUUCGGCCCGUCUUGCUGAGAAGGAUGUUGGGCGCCUUGCCAGGGGAUGAGUCUGCUUCUAGCUUUUGGGUGAAACAUUCUCUGUCCUGAUAAUGAGGAAUGAUGUAAUCUCCCUCUGCUGAUGCAAGCUGUGAGUAGAUGGCAGGAAGAUUAAGGAGGAAUGUCCCUGACUGCUGUUUCAUCCAAGCAUUCUUUAAGCUGGGAUUGGCGAAGUGGUUCUUUUAGGCUUUUUUAAAUCCAGAGUUGUCUGACAAAUUAAAUAUGUUUUUCCUAAAAGUGGCUUCCGACCUUGUGUUUUGUCCUAUUCUUUUGUGAGUUUGAGAACAAAGGAGUUGACAAAAAAAGAAGGGCAAAAAUUAAAAUAUUUCUGUUCUGACUCUUUAUUGCACAUUUCCUAACUGAUGGCUUCAGCUGCUUAAUAGUUUUAGGAAGGGUUUGACUUCCCACACUGUUGAAUUUGAUUAUUCUGUGAUUUUAAAACUCAGAUCCUUUGAUUUGACACAGGAUUUAUUUUCUGGACAAUGUAUUGAACAUAGCAUUCUGUUCCAGUCAAGGCAAUGUUCUUGUUCUUUUCUUUUUUAACUUUUUUUAAGGCUGCCUUAAAAGACAAAUACUCUGCCUAGGUAGUUUAUACUAAUAAUAUUACCUAUAACACCUUUUGGAGCAGUAAACAUUGACUCCAACGUUCUCUUUUUUUCAGCGUGUGGUAAUAUUCUUUCUUGUGGUCAGGAUUUCCCCCCAGAAUCAUUGGAUGAAAUUCCCCAUCUUUGUUCCAGAUAUUGUGGAACUCAAGAAAUCAGGUGGCAAGGCCCUAUUUUCUAUGCUCUGAUAGCAUUUCAGUCUGUCCAGAAACGGGAUUUUCCAUUAUUUAGGAGUCCGAUGAUCAAGAACUCUCUACCUGCCCCCUGCUAAAAUUUCAGAGUUGCCACCUGUCUUGAGAGCUGAUUGUUACCUCCAAGUUACAAGCAGCGUAUCUUAAAUACCAGCUACUUGAGAGUAACAGAAAAGAAGCUACUCUACGUUGUGUGACAAAGAAUGCUUGGGCUAGAUAUCCCAUGGGUCUGAUUCAGCAGACUCUUCUUGGGAUCUUCUGCUUGUCUCAUUCUUCUCCUUCUUAUGGAAGUACAGUGUGAAAUGGCUGGUUGGCAUUGUGGCCUAUUCCAGCCCCUUCCUCAGCCUGGUACUCACUGGCUGCACUGAUGCUACAAUUCUCUGAAUUUCCAGCCAAUAAAAAUGUAUAGAUAGUGUGUUUUUUGCUCUUCUACAAACUCGGGGGGGGGGGGGGUGCA